AUGUAUCUACUCAUCACCACUUGUAUUGUAUUUUUAAUUUCAAAUUUAUGUUUGGCAACAAUUCAUAAUGACGCAACGAAUAUUAUUUUUCAAAAUGAACAAAUACAAAAAUGUAAAAUCAUAGGAGAUUAUUGCACAGAAAAUAUUGAUUGUUGUUCAGAAUUACAUUGUUAUUCAACUGAAGAAAACAAGUUUUGUCUGCCAUUCAUGUUGAAUACGCCGCGUUCGAAACAUUCUGUGAGCGAUUUCAUCACUCCACCCUAUUACAAUCCAAAUAAUCAACUAUAUCCCUAUGGAAUUAGUAAACCCGCAUUGCCAUUCUAUAAAGCAAAAGAUUCCAAACAGAAUUCUGAUAGAAAAAAUAUGGAAUGGAAUCAUUGUCAAUUUCAUGAAGAUUGUGGCGAAGGAAACUGUUGCUAUGUUCAUUUUCGAUUUCGUAGUUUACCAAAAUGGUUCUGUCGACCAAAUCGAAAUGAUAUAGAUGGAUUAUGUUCGCCAUUAACCAGAUAUCGUUCACUCAAAGAUGUUCCAGCUUGGAAACAACAACAGAAUCAACGAUGA